AUGACGCCCUGCAGCCUCGACGAGGACGACGACCUCCUGGACGCCCUGGAGGCGUCCCUGGGCACGAGCGGCGCCCGCCAGGUGCCCGAGGCGCCUCCGCGGGACCGCGGCGACGGCGGGGCCGGGGCCGCGGGAGCGGCCGUGCUGGGCCGCGGCCUGGUGCUGUGGCCAGUCGAGGUGAGGCUGUGCGUGGCGUCUUUCCUGCCCUGGCGGGAGUUCGUGGCGGACACUUUGAUCUGCCGCUCCUGGCGGGACCUGGGCAGAGACGACGUGGUCUGGCAGGCCCACUUCCGCGCCACCUGGCCGCGGCUGGCGCGCCGCUGGGCCGCAGGCCCGGGCGACCGUGCCCCGCGGUGGCGCAGCCUCUUCCGCGAGCGCUGGGCGGCCGGCCACAGGGGCGAGGACGCGCUCGAGGAGGACUGGCUGGACUUCAGCGUGGCGGAGGCCUCGGGCGCGGAGGGGUGCAGCAGGACCGCGGCGGAGGCCGCCGCCGCCCUGGACCGCGAGCUCGGCCUGCAGCAGGCCGUGCGGCGGUGCCGCGAGGAGCUGCUGCGGAGCCGCGGCGUGCGCGUGCCCGCCGAGGCCGUGCUCGACCACUGCUGCACGAAGCUGUGCGUCUUCCACCGCGUCGGGGUCGAGGGGGACGCCUUCCUGUGCCAGGGCAGCGGCCGGCUCCACGUGUGCUGCGAGGGCGAGCCCUGCGACGCGUGCAUGGGCUCCAACGAGGAGUUCUUCCUCGUCUGCCCCGCCAGCGGGCGCUGCUGGCCCCGCCCCCUGCAGCCCGCGGACGGCAAGGAGGAGGGCCCGGAGCAGCAGGACUGGGACCCGGAGCUCAGCGCGGCGCAGCAGCACGGCCUGUGGUUCGAGCUCGGCUACGGCAUGAGCGAUGCGCAGGCCGACGACUUCUUCGGCCCGUCUGGCUCGCGGCGCGCUCCGGCGCGGGUCGGCGCGGCCCCUCGCCCCUCCGGCGGGGGUGGUGCGGCGUCGCAGCGGGCCCGCCAGUGCUCCGCUGUGGGGUGCGCCGCGUGUCAGAAGUGA